GCCGCGGGGCUCGGCCAGGCGGGGCGGUUCGCGCGGCUGCACCGUCCUGGGGCUGCUCUGCUCAGGGGACCCCUGCCAGCUAGAUCGGCGGAGACGCAUCGAUAGCUCCUACCCAGCUCACAGGGGAAGGAGAGCGCUUCAGCUAGGCAAAGAUGGAGCUGAGAAAGAGCAAGGAACCACUGCCGGGGCGAACGGUGCCUCUGAUCCUGCUUCUCUGUGUGUUGGGGGUGAGCACAGCAACCGUCCGCUACUCUGUGCCUGAAGAGGUGGAGAGAGGCUUCUUUGUGUCGAAUAUCGCGAAAGAUUUGGGACUCACGGGUGAGGAAUUAUCGUCUCGACAAGCCCGGCUCGUACCUGAAGGAGAUGAGCAAUAUUUACAGCUGAACCAGCACACUGGGGAUUUGGUGGUGCAAAAAAAGAUGGAUCGAGAGGCACUGUGCGGGCAGAGUGAGCCUUGCCUGGUGCGGUUCGAUGUGCUGCUAGAGAGCCCACUGCAGUCCUUCCAAGCCGAAGUAAGAGUCACCGAUAUAAACGAUCGUGCUCCCGUGUUCUUAAAUAAGGAGAUGAUUUUAAAGAUCCCGGAAACUGCAAUGCCGGGAGCUCGAUUUUUGCUGGAAAGUGCUCAGGAUCCAGAUGUGGGGAAUAACGGUGUCCAGCAUUACAACAUCAGCUCGAACGACUAUUUCCAUAUCUCCACACGGAGGCGGAGUGACGGCAGGCGCUACGCCGAGCUGGUGCUGGACCAAGCCCUGGACAGGGAGGAGAGGGCAGAAGUCACUUUCAGCUUCACGGCUGUGGAUGGUGGGUUUCCAUCGCGUUCUGGUACAGCCUUGAUCCGCGUGCAAGUUCUGGAUAUAAAUGACAACAUCCCAGUAUUCACCAGGAGUCUGUAUAAAGCCCGAGUGCUUGAAAAUAGCGCUGAGGACACCUUAGUCGUGACAGUCUCGGCUAGCGAUUUAGACGCAGGAAUGAAUGGGGAAAUAGCAUACUCCAUCGUUCAAAAUUCAGAGGAGAAUCACCAAACUUUUAAAAUAAACCCAGAGACAGGGGAGAUUCGACUCAAAAAGUCAGUGGAUUAUGAGGAAACAAAGACUUACGAGAUGGAUGUCCAGGCCACGGAUGGAGGGGGCCUGUCUGCUCACUGCAAGGUUCUGGUGGAGGUCAUCGACGUGAACGACAACGCCCCCGAGGUGACCCUCACUUCCCUCAUCAGCCCCCUCUCGGAAGCAGCCCCACUGCAGACGGUGGUGGCACUGUUCAGCGUACGGGACCGGGACUCGGGGGACAAUGGCAGGACAAGCUGCGAGCUGCUGGGCGAACUGCCUUUCAGCAUCGCGGUGCUGGCGGCAGACUCGUACGCGCUAGUGACGGCGGAGGCUCUGGACCGAGAGCGCGAGGCCGAGUACAACAUUACGGUGAGGGCCCGCGACGCGGGGGCCCCCGCGCUCUCCGCGGAGCAGCCGCUGCUCGUGCGGCUCUCGGACGUGAAUGACAACGUGCCCACCUUCACCCAGGCCUCCUACACCAUGGUGCUGCGCGAGAACGAGCCCGCGGGGACGAGCCUGGGUCGCGUGAGCGCAACGGACGCCGACGCGGGGAAAAACGCCCGCGUGAGCUACGCACUGGUGCUGCCCGCGCCCGGCGCGCCCUCCUUCGUGUCGGUGGACGCGGAGAGCGGGGCCGUGCGGGCGCUGCGCCCGCUGGACUACGAGGAGGUGCGCGCCUUCCAGGUCGCCGUGCGCGCCGCCGACGGCGGCUUGCCGCCGCUCAGCGCCGAGGCGCUGGUGCGCGUGGAGGUGCGGGACGAGAACGACAACGCGCCCGUCGUGCUGCACCCGCUGCCCAACAGCAGCGCGGCGGCGGGAGAGCUGGUGCCGCGCCGGGCGCGGGCGGGCUACCUGGUGGCCAAGGUGGUGGCGGUGGACGCGGACUCGGGGCAGAACGCCUGGCUGUCCUACGAGCUGGCCAAGGCCACGGAGCCGGGGCUCUUCCGCGUGGGGCUGCACAGCGGCGAGGUGCGCACGGCGCGGGCCGUGUCGGAGCGGGAUGUGGCCAGGCAGAGACUCGUGGUGCUUGUGAGAGACAGCGGGCAGCCGCCGCGCUCCUCCACCGUCACGCUCAGCCUCGCCCUGGUCGAGGGCCUCUCCGAAGCCUUCCUGCAGCUUUCACAUGCUCCUGCCAGCAGGCCGGAGGUGGAGGAGGAGGAAGAGAAGGAGAACCUGCUAGCUACCUACCUCAUCGCUUCCUUGUGCUCUGUCUCCUCUCUCUUUCUCUUAUUCAUCGUCGCGUUUUCGGGUGCGAAGCUCUUCAAGGGUCGGCUACGGGAAGGGCGUUCACCUCCCUCUGCUCACUGUUACUCUGAUGGCGAUUUCUCCAGUAGUUUUGUGGACGUGGCCGGCACAGGCACUCUGUCGCGUGGUUACCGCUAUGAAGUGUGCUUGACCACUAGCUCGGGGAACAGCGGAUUCAAGUUCCUGAGACCCGUCCUUCCGAGUCCGCCUCUUCCGCAAAGCUGCGAUGAGGCGGAGGCGGGCAAGGACGAGAAACUUCUUUCCCCCCCGCAAGCGACUUGUGAAAGGGAAGUUAAUCAGGUGAGAAAAGCCUCUCCGUAUAUUUAAUUCCCUCUCCUCGCAUGCAUAUUGGAAUAACAUAAUAGGGGCGCGUUUAUGCGUAAGCCUUCCUGGAACCGUCCUUGGUUUCUUAUCGUCAGUGCGAAGUUAGCGAGUAGAUUUAGUUCCGGUGCUGUGUUGUAAUAUAUAUUGCCUGUUGGACGUUAGUUCUAUGCUUCAUAUACCUUACGAACUCCCGUGACAUUAAAGCAAAAGUCUUCCGCAUU